AUGAUGGGAGGCGGGCUGAUGAUGGAUCAGAGCGUGGUGUUCCCUGGCGUCCACAACUUCGUGGAUCUCCUGCAGCAGAACGGCGACAAGAACCUGGGCUUUGGGUCGCUGAUGCCGCAGACGUCCUCUGGCGACCAGUGCGUGAUGGGGGAGGGUGAUCUUGUGGACCCGCCGCCGGAGAGCUUCCCGGACGCCGGGGAGGACGACAGUGACGAUGACGUUGAGGACAUCGAGGAGCUGGAGCGCCGCAUGUGGCGCGACCGCAUGAAGCUGAAGCGGCUCAGGGAGCUGGAGCAGAGCCGUGGCAAGGAUUCGAUGGCUGGCGGCGGGGGCCUGGCUGACGGCUCGUCCAAGCCAAGGCAGUCACUGGAGCAGGCCCGACGCAAGAAGAUGUCGCGCGCGCAGGACGGCAUCCUCAAGUACAUGCUCAAGAUGAUGGAGGUGUGCCGUGCGCAGGGGUUUGUGUAUGGGAUCAUUCCAGAGAAGGGCAAGCCGGUGAGCGGCGCCUCUGACAACCUCCGUGCGUGGUGGAAGGAGAAGGUCCGCUUCGACCGCAACGGCCCGGCCGCCAUCGCCAAGUAUCAGGCCGACAACGCCGUCCCUGGCGCCGAGAACGAGCUCACCUCGGGCGCUGCCAGCCCUCAUUCCUUGCAGGAGCUGCAGGACACUACACUGGGCUCACUGCUCUCAGCACUCAUGCAGCACUGCGACCCCCCACAGCGGCGCUACCCGCUGGAGAAGGGCUUUCCUCCACCGUGGUGGCCUACCGGCGACGAGGAGUGGUGGCCGGAACUCGGCAUCCCCAAGGACCAGGGCCCACCCCCCUACAAGAAGCCUCAUGACCUUAAGAAGGCCUGGAAGGUGAGCGUGCUCACCGCUGUCAUCAAGCACAUGUCACCAGACAUAGAGAAGAUCCGUCGCCUCGUUCGCCAGUCCAAGUGCCUCCAGGACAAGAUGACUGCCAAGGAGAUCUCAACCUGGCUGGCAGUAGUCAAGCAGGAAGAGGAGCUGUACCUGAAGCUGCACCCCGGCGCACGCCCACCGGCAUCUACUGGUGGGAUCGCCAGUGCCAUAUCCUUCAACACCAGCUCAAGCGAGUAUGAUGUGAACAUCAUUGAUGAGUGCAAGGGGGAUGAGGCCGGCAGCCAGAAGACGGCAGUCACUGACCCAACCACGUUCAACCUUGGUGCGGCUGUCCUAAGUGACAAGUUCCUCGUGCCAACGCCGAUGAAGGAGGAGACUGCCGACGUCGAGUUCAUCCAGAAGAGGAACGCCCCCACCGCUGCUGAGCCAGAGCUAAUGCUAAACAACCGAGUGUACACCUGCAACAACGUCCAGUGCCCGCACAAUGACUACAGCUAUGGAUUCCUUGACCGGAAUACCCGCAACAGCCACCAGUACACCUGUAAGUACAACGAUCCAAUCCCUCAGAGCACUGAGAACAAGCUGCCGCCAGCACCGCCACAGUCACAAGCCUUCCAGCCGGCCUUCAACCAACCCAAUCAGGCACUGAACAAUCUGGAUUUCAGCCUGCCCAUGGAUGGCCAGAGGUCCAUUGCCGAGCUGAUGAACAUGUACGACAACAACUUCAUGACGAACAAGAACAUAAGCAGUGACAGCGUCGCCAUCAUGGAGAGGCCUAAUGCGAUGCCCCAGAGGAUCCAGAUGGAUGAGGGUUUCUUUGGACAGGGCAACGGAGUCUUUGACGAUGUCAAUAGCAUGAUGCAGCAACAACAGCAGGCACCAGUGCAGCAGCAACAGCAGCAGUUCUUCAUCCGUGAUGGCACACCAUUCGUGAGCCAGAUGGGCGACAUCACCAGCACGUCGGAGUUCAGGUUCGGUUCUGGUUUCAACAUGUCUAGCACCGUUGAUUACCCAGGCGCGGUGCAGAAGAAGGACGGGACCAAUUGGUUCUACUGA